AUGCUCACCGAGAACAUUGUCAAGCGGAUAUGGGCGGAGCUAUGUCGUGCGGUCGGCUGGAUGCACAGUGUCGGUCUAGUGCAUCGAGACAUCAAGCUAGAGAAUAUCCUACUCACCGUGCCGUUAUCCUCGACGACCCCCAAACUACCACAUGACUCGUGUGACAUGAACGUGUCGCCUCAUUCAUUACCGAUUCCCCCACUCCCACUUAUCCAGCUGACCGAUUUUGGAUUGUCGCGAUUUAUUGAUCCUUCCCAUCCAAUGCUGACGACGCGAUGUGGGAGCGAGGCAUAUGCAGCACCUGAGUUGGUCAUCACUGGCGGCCGGUUUAGUGGAUACGAUGCUCGCGAAACCGACGCAUGGGCUUGUGGAGUCGCCCUGUACGAAAUU